CUAAAAUCCACCACAAUGGCCGAGACAGACAUUCUGAAGGUCUCAAUUCUGGGCAAAGAGUCCAUUCAUUGCGGGUUCCAUCUUAUCCCUUAUAUCGUCAAUACCGUGAUCACUACCCUUCCAUCCUCAGCCUACGUCCUGGUUACUGACACACAUGUCGCAAACUUUCACUUGACUGCAUUCGAAGCUGAAUUCAACGCCGCCUUCGAAAAAUUGCCAAACGCAGGCAGACCCAGGUUCCUGAGUCGUGUCAUUGCUCCAGGCGAAACUACAAAGAGUCGCGAGGGCAAGGCCGAUGUGGAAGAUUUUCUGCUCUUGAACAAAUGCACUAGAGAUUCGGUUGUUAUUGCUCUCGGCGGAGGUGUGAUUGGUGACCUGGUCGGAUUCGUUGCUGCGACCUUUAUGCGUGGUGUGCGCUUCGUUCAGAUUCCGACCACCCUUUUGGCUAUGGUUGACUCUGGAGUCGGUGGGAAAACUGCGAUCGACACCCCCCAUGGCAAAAACCUCAUAGGUGCCUUUUGGCAGCCUGAAUAUAUAUUCAUCGACGCAGCGUUCCUCGAAACUCUGCCUGCUCGGGAGUUUUCGAACGGAAUGGCUGAAGUUGUCAAGACUGCGGCGAUAUGGAACGAGAAGGAGUUCGCAGAUCUGGAGUCUCGUUCUGCCGAAAUUUUCGCAGCUAUCCAAACGCCUUCUACAAACAAUUCUGGCCGGACCCAGGCAAGCCGUUCGGCUGCUCAGCAAUUACUUCUUUCCGUCAUCGUAGGCUCGAUCUCUGUCAAGGCUCACAUCGUCACUAUCGACGAGCGCGAGACUGGCCUCCGCAACCUCGUGAAUUUUGGACACACUAUCGGGCAUGCCAUCGAAGCUGUUCUGACACCUACCAUCCUUCACGGAGAAUGUGUCAGCGUUGGUAUGAUCCUUGAGGCUGAGCUCUCGAGGCAAAUGGGGAUUCUAGGUCAAGUUGGUGUAGGACGGCUGAAUCGAUGCCUAAAGGCGUACAAUUUGCCGACAUCCCUUUCUGACCCUCGUAUUGCGAGUCUCCCGGCGGCCAAGCAGCUGACUGUGGAAAAGCUAUUGGACAUUAUGAAGGUCGACAAGAAGAACAGUGGGCUUCAGAAAAAGAUCGUCAUCCUAUCCCGCAUCGGAGCAACGUACGAACCAAAGGCUACAGGUGUUCCCGACAGUCUGAUUGCGAAAACAUUGUCUGAAGCCGCAAAAGUUAUUCCGGGUAUUCCUACAAAGAACCCCAUCCGUAUGGCUACUCCAGGAUCGAAGAGUAUCUCUAACCGUGCAUUGGUUCUUGCCGCCCUUGGCACAGGAACAUGCAGACUCAAGAAUCUAUUGCACUCUGAUGACACCCAGGUUAUGAUGACGGCUUUAUUGGAGCUUAAAGGCGCCAAUUUCUCGUGGGAAGACGGUGGCGAGACGCUCGUAGUUGAAGGCGGUGAAGGAUCGCUUCAGGUACCUCCCAAAGGCAAGGAGAUCUACCUUGGUAAUGCAGGUACUGCUGCCCGCUUCUUGACAACGGUUUGCACCCUUGUGCAGCCUUCUCAGUCGGACGCGAAGACAACAGUCAUUACUGGUAAUGCCCGCAUGAAGCAGCGUCCUAUUGGCCCCCUCGUAGAUGCCCUGCGAGUCAACGGCAGUCAAAUCGAGUAUUUGGAAUCUCAAGGGUGCCUUCCGCUGUCCGUCUUGCCAGAUGGCCUCAAGGGCGCCAGAAUCCAGUUGGCAGCUAGCGUCUCCAGUCAAUAUGUCUCUUCAAUUCUUCUAUGCGCCCCAUAUGCGCAUGAGUCAGUGACUCUUGAACUUACUGGCGGUCAAGUCAUCUCUCAACCCUAUAUCGACAUGACGAUUGCCAUGAUGAAAACUUUUGGUAUUACUGUUGAGCGAGAAGCAGACCCCGUUACUGGGAAGCUGUUGGAUGUAUACCGCAUUCCCAAGGGUGUAUAUAAGAAUCCGGCCGAGUACAACAUCGAGUCCGAUGCGAGCAGUGCGACGUACCCUUUGGCUAUCGCUGCCAUCACUGGCACAUCAUGCACCAUAUCCAAUAUUGGAUCUGCUUCUUUGCAAGGUGACGCUAGGUUUGCAAAGGAAGUGCUCGAGCCCAUGGGGUGUACAGUUGUUCAGACGGAAACAGAGACGACUGUUCAAGGUCCACCUAUUGGCCAACUAAAGGCUAUUGGCUUGAUUGACAUGGAGCCUAUGACUGACGCGUUCUUGACCGCCUCUGUUUUGGCAGCAGUUGCCAUUGGCCAGCCUUUGGAAGGGAGAGAGUUGAAGGAUGCUGAUUCACCUACUGUCACGCGAAUUAUUGGUAUAUCUAACCAAAGGGUCAAGGAAUGUAAUCGCAUCCGCGCAAUGAUAGAUCAACUAGCCAAGUUCGGUGUGAAGACUAACGAACUCGAAGAUGGUCUCGAAGUAUAUGGAAAGCCGGUAGGAGAGCUGAAAAAAGGAGCCAGCAUCCACUGUUAUGAUGAUCAUCGCGUCGCGAUGGCAUUCAGUGUCUUGGGAACAGUGGUCAAAGACACGAUCAUAGAAGAAAAACGAUGCGUUGAGAAGACAUGGCCCAACUGGUGGGACGACCUGGAGAACAAGAUCGGCCUCAAAGUCGAAGGUGUUGAGUUGGAUAGCGCUGAUACGGUUGCAUCUGCCAGCGGGACUACUUCGCAGGAUGGCUCUGCUUCCGUUGUCAUUAUCGGUAUGCGCGGAUCCGGUAAAUCGCAUGUCGGCGAACUGGCUGCAUCUGCGCUGGCCUGGCCUUUCGUCGAUGCAGAUACCUACUUUGCGGAAAAGCACAAAAUCGGCGUGCGUGAGUUUGUGCAUCAGCAUGGAUGGGAAUCUUUCCGUGCAGCAGAGACGGGCAUCCUCAAGGAGCUGCUUACCACCAGUGCUGCAAAACAUGUGAUCAGCCUUGGUGGUGGGAUUGUCGAGACACCUGCGGCACGCGAUCUCCUGAAAAAUUUUGCUAAGAAAGGACCUGUUGUCCAUAUUGUUCGCGAAAUCGAUGAAGUCGUAAGGUACCUCGGCGAGGAAACGGCUCGCCCCGCAUAUGGUGAACCUGUCACGGAUGUAUUCCGCCGACGCGAGCCAUGGUUCGCUGAAUGCUGCAACUACGAGUUUAUCAAUUACACCGGAGUUCUCACCUCUGAGCAAAACGCGUCAGUAGCAGGAAACGCUACAGUGGACGAGGUCUCCCGCUUUUUCAAGCACGUCACCGGGCAGCAGGCCAAUCUUGCUCCCAACUUGGCGCCAGGGAAGCGCUCUUAUUUCCUGUCUCUGACCUAUCCCGACAUCACUCCUGCUCUUCGUCACAUGAAGGACCUCACUGUCGGUGUGGAUGCCCUUGAGGUGCGCGUUGACCUCCUGAGGUCCCCUAAAGACUUCGAUGCGUUUGGCCCCUAUAUCCCUCCUGUGGCCUACGUCACAGAACAGCUAGCUGCGCUUCGCCGUACUACCUCCCUUCCUAUCGUUUUCACUGUGAGGACCGUCUCGCAGGGAGGAUCAUUCCCGGACAAAGCAGAGAAAGAAGCGUUCCACUUACUCAACCUCGCCGUACGCAUUGGGGCAGAAUACAUCGAUGCCGAGAUUUCGUGGCCAGAGAAACUCAUCAAGGAUCUCGUCUCCCACAAAGGUUCAUCCCAGAUCAUUGCCUCCUGGCACGACUGGACUGGCAAGAUGAGAUGGAAUGAGGCCAGUGUUAAGGCAAAGUACGACAUUGCGGCUAGAUUUGGUGAUAUUGUCAAGAUAGUGGGCAAAGCAAAUUCGGUACAGGACAACUUCGCACUAUACGACUUCGUGUCUCGAGUUAGCAGUGCAUCUAAUGCGAAACCUAUUAUUGCCAUCAACAUGGGUGUCGAAGGUCAAAUGUCCAGAAUUCUCAACUCGACUUUCAGUCCUGUCUCCCACCCACUACUCCCCACUAAAGCUGCCCCAGGACAACUCUCAUACGCGCAAAUCCAACAAGCGCUCCAUCUCCUUGGUCAACUUCCAGCUCAGCGGUACUUCAUUUUCGGGAAUCCCAUAGCACACUCUAUGUCACCAACCUUGCAUAACACAGGCUUCGAAGUGCUUGGCCUCCCUCAUACGUACCAGCUUCUCGAGACUACUGAUGUGGGCGAGGGAAUCAAGGCUGCACUCGCCUCUCCAGAUUUUGGGGGGGCCUCCGUCACGAUCCCUUUCAAGCUUGAUGUGAUCCCUCUCCUUGAUCAACUUUCUCCUGCUGCAGAGGCUAUUGGGGCCGUGAACACCAUCGUACCCCGGCUUGCAGAUGCCAGUGGGACAAACCGCAUUCUCUACGGCGACAACACUGACUGGCUCGGGAUCGUGGAGUCCGUCCGUUCACGUGCUCCAGCACUAGGUGCUCCCCAAGCAGCCCUCGUCAUAGGUGCCGGAGGUACAGCUCGUGCUGCCAUCUUUGCUUUGAAGGCACUGGGGGCACAACACAUUUACCUUUACAAUCGCACUGCAGGCAAGGCACAGAUUCUGGUUGAUGCGUUCCCCGAUGCGCAUGUCGAGCUCGUGGAGAGGCUCGGAAUAUGGCCUGGCGAAGGGCUUGUGCCGAGCGUUGUCGUGUCGACCGUGCCUGCGAGUGCGACGACGACUGAAGAGGGCAGUGCGGACGCUGUAUUCCUCCCUGUUUCGAUCUUCGAUGCGAAGCUAGAGGGCGUUGUGGUCGAUAUGGCGUACAAGCCUGCCGAGACGCCUCUGCUUGCGUUGGCGAAACGUGUUGCACCAAACUGGGCUACAGUGAGGGGUGUGGAAGUGCUUUUGGAGCAGGGAUAUGUGCAAUUUGAGACGUGGACGGGAAGGAGGUGUCCGAAACAUGUGGUUGCAGAGAGGGUGUUGGAGAAGUACAACGCUAGUGCUUGAUCUAAGAUAUGCAGAGGCAAAGGGGUGAAAUAUGUACAUUUGGUACUGUCUAUAUACGGUUUUUGGUUUGUUACUUUGGUGAAUGAAAUCGUGCGUUCUGGUGACGAA